GCCAUCGCAGGACGCUCAGCAGUUCGUGAUAGUUCGAUACGGGAGCUGCACUUCUUGAAGACCAUUUUUUUUUUUUUAAAGAGGAAAGAAAUGGGAAACGCAAGAGCGCCCUCUCACUCAUGUCAUCGUCGUCCAGUCGAGCGGCGGAGUCUUCCCCAACGCCUCUGCCGUGGGAGUUGCUCUUUCAGCGAAUUACAACGGAGUGUGACGCGAUGCGGGCAGAGGUGCUGGAGACGCAGCAGCGGGUACACGACGAGCUUCUUCCUCGACUGGAGCAGGUUAACGCCUCGUGUGACGCCUGUGAUGUGACACUGCGCGGCAUCUUAACCGCGCUGCGCCGCUCCACAGGCGAACCUUCCUUUAUCUCAGCGGGAUCCACGCUGACUGAAGAGACGCCGCACGAGACACGGCUCUCUGGUUCCACCAACAAUGUGGAGGCAGGGGCGGAUGCUGGCUCUUCUCGAACGAGCUCCUCCUUCUCAUCGUCGUCGAUCGCACAACGUGUGGAGCGGCUAGAGGAGCAGCUUGCCGCUCUCACGCGAAAUCAGGAGAUCCAGCGGCGCGCCUACAAUCGCGAGCGUCAGCGACAGAUGCGCGAGCUUGAUCAGGUGCGCCGCGGCGUGGUGCAAAUGGGGCGGUGCAAGGAUCAACUUUUGGUGGUGCUCCGACAGCUGCAGCUGGACAAGGUGGCUCUGCUGCGCGCCUGCUCUCCAGCGGGCGAAAGAUACUCACCGGAUUCUCCAUCGCCUCCGCAGCAGAUUGCGGCCCGACGUGCUUCGUUAUCGGAACGCGAUAUGCAACCGAUCGACUCGGGGCGUCUCGACGUCAAUGCGGCAACGCUGGAGUCUCUAGAGACCACCGUGAAGGGCUUCGAACUUCUCAUGGCACAGGAGCGUGCGGCUCGCGAAGCACAAGUGCAGGAGCUCGUCUCCGCCCUGAGUCGUUUAGAGCCUCUGCAGGCAGCGCGCGAGCGUAACGGCAACGUAAUGGCACACGUCUCUUCCGACGCACUGCGCAUGCGGCGUACAUCGGACGGUGGCGCGGCAAUUCAGGCCGGCGAAUCCGUGGCAGCAAACGGUGCUACGUGCGCGUCGCCAUCUGCUCUACGCAACGGUGCAGAGCGAGACACGAGUCGAAGGUUGCGGUAUCCAACUGAGGUCGUGGUCUCUCCCGCUUCUACCUUGGGUGCGUUGAACCUCGCAGACCCGGAGAGCCAUCUAACAGACAGAGAGAACGAAAAGAGAAGCAAGACACGCGGGAAAUCGGCUUCGCCUACGCACGAUGCGGUGGUGCUGCGCGAUCGCUUAUUGAGGUUUUACGCCUUGUACGAUCCGCGUAUGAUUCCCGCUGUGGCUGAGGUGGUGCGACAAUUCAAGGGCCCACCGGAGGAGCUACUUGCAGCCCUAGAAAUGGACUACGACGCUUACGGCUACUUUUCUCGAGACUGA